AAUUUAAUUGUUGAUCCGAAAACAUUAAGUCGACAUAUAGAUCGAAUUUAUGAUGAACGUAAAUGUCAAUUAAUAAGUUUAUUUCAAACCAUCAAAUCAUUUAUUAUAACGGUGGAUUUUUGGAAAGGGUAUUUUACAGGUGUUCAUUAUGCUGUUGUUGAGAAACUUAGUGAUGAAAAACGUCCAACAAUUCAUCUUGUUGCACCUCUUCGUCAGUAUCUUAUCAAUUGUUGUGUCAUUCAUAAGGAUGAUGAAGGUGGUCUGAUUUCGAUAAAGAAAUUCAUAGAUGAUCAAAUAAAGACCAUGUGGAUAUCUCAAGAUGAACAUUUACUAGCCACCAUUCUUCAUCCACAACUCAAACAUUUUGAUUAA